CAUAUACAAACAAACAAACAAACAAAAAAAGCUUCUUAGAUACAGUCAUAAAUUUAGCUUUGCUCAGCAAUCUUCAUAGAGGUGUCCACUGAAUGUACUAUUUUUUUUUUAUCCCCCCCUCCCCUCUCUUUCUCCUCUUUUCAGCUUUAUGUACGGGGAGCUCACCGACAAGGACACGACGGAAAAAGUCCGACUAACGUUUGAGAAUUAUGAGAUGAACUCAUUUGAAAUCCUGAUGUACAAGAAGAACAGGACGCCGGUUUGGUUUUUUGUGAAAAUUGCUCCCAUUCGAAACGAACAAGAGAAAGUGGUUCUGUUCCUCUGUACGUUCAGCGACAUCACAGCCUUCAAGCAGCCCAUUGAGGACGAUUCUUCCAAAGGUUGGGGGAAGUUUGCCCGAUUGACUCGAGCGCUAACAAGCAGCAGGGGAGUCUUACAGCAGCUACAACCUACAGUUCAUAAAGGAGAGAAUGUCCAUAAGCACUCUCGUCUCGCUGAGGUGCUGCAACUUGGCUCUGACAUCCUACCUCAGUACAAACAGGAGACCCCCAAAACCCCUCCUCACAUCAUCCUGCACUACUGCCUCUUUAAGACCACAUGGGACUGGGUCAUCCUCAUCCUCACCUUUUACACGGCUAUCAUGGUGCCCUACAACGUCUCCUUCAAGACGAAGCAGAACAACGUGGCUUGGCUGGUGGUGGACAGCAUCGUGGACGUCAUCUUCCUGGUGGACAUCGUCUUGAACUUUCACACCACGUUCGUGGGGCCCGCCGGCGAGGUCAUCUCCGACCCCAAGCUGAUCCGCAUGAACUACCUGAAGACCUGGUUUGUGAUCGACCUGCUCUCCUGCCUGCCCUAUGAUGUCAUCAACGCCUUCGAGAACGUGGACGAGGGGAUCAGCAGUCUGUUCAGCUCUCUUAAGGUUGUCCGGCUCCUCCGUUUGGGCCGGGUCGCCCGCAAACUGGACCACUACAUCGAAUACGGGGCGGCCGUCCUGGUGCUGCUGGUCUGUGUUUUUGGACUGGCGGCACACUGGUUGGCCUGCAUCUGGUAUAGCAUUGGAGACUACGAGGUGAUUGAUGAAGAAACCAACGUUGUCCGCAUGGACAGCUGGCUCUACAUCCUGGCUGAGGCGAUGGGCAGGCCCUAUCGCUUCAACACCACCGGUUCGGGGAAGUGGGAGGGCGGGCCCAACAAAGACUCGGUUUACAUCACCUCCCUGUACUUCACCAUGACCAGUCUGACCAGCAUUGGCUUCGGCAACAUCGCUCCGACGACGGACGGGGAGAAAAUCUUCGCUGUGGCCAUGAUGAUGAUCGGAUCCCUUCUUUACGCCACCAUCUUUGGUAACGUGACAACCAUCUUCCAGCAGAUGUAUGCCAACACUAAUCGCUACCAUGAGAUGCUCAACAGUGUCCGGGACUUCCUUAAACUCUAUCAGGUCCCCAAAGGCUUGAGUGAAAGAGUUAUGGACUAUAUCGCCUCUACCUGGUCCAUGUCACGGGGCAUAGACACCGAAAAGGUGUUGCAGAUUUGUCCAAAGGACAUGAGAGCAGACAUUUGUGUUCACCUGAACCGCAAAGUUUUCAAAGAGCAUCCAGCUUUCCGACUGGCCAGCGACGGGUGCCUCAGGGCUCUGGCUAUGGAGUUUCAGACGAUCCACUGCGCUCCUGGUGACUUGAUCUACCACGCUGGCGAAAGUGUGGACAGCCUGUGUUUUGUGGUGUCUGGUUCCUUGGAAGUCAUUCAGGAUGAUGAGGUGGUGGCUAUUUUAGGUAAAGGAGAUGUAUUUGGCGACGUUUUCUGGAAGGAGGUGACUCUGGCUCAGGCCUGCGCCAACGUCAGAGCGCUGACCUACUGCGACCUGCACGUCAUUAAGCGUGACGCCCUGCAGAAGGUCCUGGAGUUCUACACGGCGUUCGCCAACCACUUCUCCAGGAACCUGCUGCUCACUUACAACCUGAGAAAGAGGAUUGUCUUCCGAAAGAUCAGCGAUGUGAAACGGGAGGAGGAGGAGCGGCAGCGUCGCAAAAACGAAGCGCCUCUGAACCUGCCUCCGGAUCACCCCGUACGGAAACUCUUCCAGCGCUUCCGGCAGCAGAAGGAAGCCCGCAUGGCAACCCAGAAACAGGAGCUCAACGAACAGGACGUCGAGAAGGGUCCGGUCUACGUGGACGUGUCGAUGGUCAAAGCUCCUGUUACGACCACCAGCAUCGUCACGGUGACAGAAAGCCCAGCAACACCGUCCUCCUCGGCCCCUUCACCUUCAACGCCAACCAGCUGCCCCCCCACAGACAAGGCGAAGCUGCAGGUGCCUUCAGCAGUUGCUCUGGCGGCGUGCCGACCCGCAGAGCCGGUCAAAGUCAAAGGCUGGGGCCGCUUCAAGGAGUCCAUGGCCAAAGCCGACAACUGGAACAAGGUGGCCAAAGCCGAGUCCAUGGAGACUUUACCCGAGCGGACCACCGAGCACGAGCCACACACCACCCUCAAGAAGACGGACUCAUGCGACAGCGGGAUCACCAAAAGUGACCUACGUCUGGACAAAGUGGGCGAGUUCCGCAUGACUCCUCAGGACCGCAGUCCCGCCCAGCCUCCAGAAACCAGGCAUGCCUUCUACCCCAUCCCAGAGCAGACUCUCCAGGCCUCGCUUCAGGAGCUCAAGAUGGAGCUGAAGGAGGACAUCAAGAACCUGAGCGUGCGAAUGUCCGGCCUGGAGGCGCAGCUCGCCGAAGUGCUCAAACUCCUCAGAGCCAGGAAAUCCAGUACCGGCUCAGAGCAGCCGCUUUUUGACAUUUCAAGGCCCACUUCGCCAGAACUGGACAAGGAGGACAUUUUUUCAUGAGGAACAGAAGCGCUCGGUCAGGUAACGGCAAUCCGUGAGCUCAGCUGGAAUCCAGUAAUGUUGAGAUUGCUUGGAUAGCUGAGGCGGCGCACGGCACACCAUCUGCAUGAGGCGUGGUCCGAGAGACCCACCCACCUUAACACGAGGUGUGCCCGCUGGUUAACGCGGGACCGUCAACGGUUACGGUGUUCGUAGCACUCAACGCUUGAAGGUUAUGUAACAAAUGACAGAAAAAUGUUUGUACAUAAUUUAUUUUUCCACUGUGCCAUGUUGGAAAAAAAAAAAAAAUCUACCGUGCUUAGUUUGAUUUUAUCUCAGAACUUACUGCAGAGUCGUAAGUGUUGGGAAGCCCCAAUGGAGGCAGCAUGACCCGCUGGUUUGUGAUUGAAUCAUUCGUAUGAAACUCUUUGCAUGUCAUAUAAAAUAGAUGUGUACCCUGUUACUGCAGAUGGGGGCCAUAUUUGAUUAAUUGAGGCUGCACAGCGAGUCAUUUGCAUUAUUUCAGUCAGAAAGAGCCGACUCCAUCCAGAUGUUAGAACAAUCUCGCAGUAAUUUCCUCAGACACAUCUCUUAUUAAAAUCUGCCGGGAUCAUUAUGAAUUAUACAACAGAUAACUCUGGCCGGGGCAAUCCGAUUUCCAAAAAAAAAGAAAAAACAUUCUUGAGCAGAACUUACAACAUAAUUUGCAUAAAGCACUAAUGGAUGUGCUAGAUAGAAAAUGAAUUUAAAUGCUAACCAGUGAGCCUGCAGAGAGGAAGUUAUCCAUCUUUGCUGAAGUCUAGCAUUCGCUAAUCUCAUCUGGGAGCACUGCAGCCAUAUACAUGAUGCACUGUUGUGUGAAAGUUAUGCGUUUUUUACCUCUGGGGAUGUGUUGGGUAAUCUGAUAAUGCAAACUGCAGCAUUUGUUGUGGCUCCGCACCUUACCUUCUUCUGGAAAUCUCAUGAGCCUAGAAAAGGAAUGCCCACUGGGACGAUGUUUCUGAAAUAAUAUGUGCGCUAAUGUGUAUUUAUCAAAGAAUAGGCUGACAUAAUGUCGCAUAAAACCACUGGGUAAUCUGCACCUGAUAAUAGUAACCUGCCAUGACAAAACGUCACAGAUUCAACUCCCUGCUGCAGUGCAUGAUGCAUUUCGUUUCCAACUCAACUACUUUUGCAUGAUUCUUAUUUUUAUAUUUUUUAAAAUCCUUUUUUUUAAACAGUGACUUUGUCACUGUUUAAAAUCAAUACUAUCUAGUCCUAAAAUCAAUACUUAUAUCUCACAGUUUUUGUUGGAUGUAACCACUUAUAAAGUAAGCUGAGAUCAGAUUCUCUUGCU